AUGGAUGUAUGUAGAGAUACGUGUGUUGAUGAUGAAAAGGAUUUACAAGAGAAAAAAAUUGGGGAUGGUUCAAAUACUAACGAGGAAAUAAAUAAAUUAGAACAAUGUAAACAAGAUUCAAGAGUUAUAGAAGAAAACGAUAUCAAAUUGAAAGAUAGAAUAAAUCAGUGCAAGAACAUAAUAGCAUCUCUUAAAUUAGAGCUCAGCGAGGAAAAAAAUAAAAUAGAAAAAGAAGCAAAAGCUGCAAAAUCGAGUCAAAUAUCAGACGCUGCGACACAUUCGUAUACAUACAGCGACGGUAACACAUCUGAUAAAAGCGACUUACUAGCUACUAAUUUGUUUUCAGUUUGUGUUGAUAGCAAAUUUAAUUGCGACGAAUCUUUAAUAGAAUAUGAAAAACAACUGCAGAGAUAUCAAAACACUCUUAACAUGGCACAGAUUGAAAAGAAAAAUGCCAUAAGGAAACAAAUGUUAGCAAAGGCAUAUAAAUUGAAACUUUUGGAAGUCGAAAAUCAGUGUAAUAUUGAAAUAUUACGAAUAAAACAGAGUCUGCAAUGUCUAGAACCGCUUCAAAUGAUUGCUGAUAAAUGGAAGAGUGGUAAUGAUGACGUUUACGAUUUGGACAACUAUGAAUUGAUACCAAGGUAUCCUGAACUAAAUGAGACUUUGGGAAGCGAUGUUCUGUCAAAUUCAGACCUACAGGAAAAUAAGAUGGCCGUUACAACAGAUGCUAGCGAUAAAGUACGCGAUUCUAUUUAA